AUGGCUGCCUGGGAAGGCCUGAACCGCACGUGGAGAGAGAGAAUGGAGAGACUGGAGGAGGCCAUGACAGCUUCUGUUCAGUACCAGGACGCUCUUCAGGGCAUGUUCGACUACCUGGAUAACGCUGUCAUCAAACUUUGCGACAUGCCAGUCGUGGGGACCGAUCUCAGCACUGUCAAACAACAGAUUGAGGAGCUCAAGCUGUAUAAAGUAGAGGUGUACCAGCAGCAGAUUGACAUGGAAAAGCUUAGUCACCAAGGAGACCUGUUGCUCAAGAAAGUGACUGAUCAAACAGACCGAGACAUGAUCCAGGAGCCACUCACCGAGCUACGCCACCUGUGGGACAACCUGGUGGACAAGAUCACAGUCAGACAGCACAAGCUGGAAGGGGCUCUGUUGGCACUCGGUCAGUUUCAGCAUGCUCUCUCUGAGCUGCAGUCCUGGCUCAGUCACACUCAUGCCACACUGGACACCCAGCGGCCCAUCAACUCCGAUCCCAAGGCCAUUGAAAUUGAGCUGGCCAAGCACCACGUUUUAAGAAAUGACGUGCUGUCCCAUCGGGCCACGGUGGAGGCGGUGAACAACGCAGGCUCUGAACUCCUGGAGUCCAGUCCUGUAGAUGAGAUCAACCACCUGAGGGAUCAGCUGGACGAACUCAACCGCAGCUGGAAGAACCUUCUGCUGAAGAGUGACGAGCGGCAGAAACUUCUGGAAGCUGCUCUUCAGCAGGCGGAGGGUUUCCAUGGAGAGCUGGAGGAGUUUCUGCAGUGGCUCAGACGCACAGAGAGUCAGCUGUCUGCUGCCAAACCCACAGGUGGCCUGCCUGAGACCGCCAGAGAGCAGCUGCAACAACACAUGGAGCUCCAGGCUCAGUUGACCCAAAGGGGCGAGCAGUACCAUCGACUUCUGGACAAGGGAGAGUCCAUGCUGCUGGCCAGAGGAGGAGAAGACGCUGGACCCGGUACCACACAGACACAACAAAACCUGGCUCUACUACAAAACAAAUGGGCCAGUCUUAAUGCCAAGAUAGAUGACAGAAGGGCUAAACUGGAAGAAGCUGUCUCGCUGGCGACAGGUUUCCAGACCUCCCUGCAGGACACUAUUAACUGGCUGACCCAAGCAGAGCAGACUCUCAACAUGGCUCAGGCACCCAGCCUCAUUCUCGACACCGUGCUCUUCCAGAUAGAUGAGCACAAGGUGUUCGUGAAUGAGGUGAACACCCACCGAGACCAGGUUCUGGCUCUUGAGAAGGCCGGAUCUCAGCUGAGGUUCGCCAGUCUCAAACAGGACGUGGUUCUAAUCAAGAACCUGCUGCUCAGCGUUCAGGCUCGCUGGGACAAACUGAUACAGAGGUCACUGGAAAGAGGACGUCACCUGGAUGAGGCCCGCAAGAGAGCCAAGCAGUUUCAUGAGGCCUGGAGGAAGCUGACAGAUUGGUUGGAGGAGGCAGAGAGCAGGUUGGACUCGGAGCUGGAAAUCUCCAACGAGCCAGACAAGAUCAAAGUCCAGCUUGCAAAACAUAAGGAGUUCCAAAAGUCUCUUGGGUCCAAACAGCCGGUGUAUGACACCACAGUGCGCUCUGGGAAGGCCAUGAGAGACAAAGCCACACUUUCCGAUGACACCCAAAAACUGGACCACUUGUUGGGGGAGGUCCGUGACAAAUGGGAUACCGUGUGUGGAAAAAGUGUGGAGAGGCAACACAAGUUGGAGGAAGCUCUGUUGUUCUCAGGACAGUUUGCUGAGGCUCUCCAAGCUCUUGUAGAUUGGCUGUAUCGCGUGGAGCCUCAGCUAGCAGAAGAUCAGCCUGUCCAUGGAGAUCUGGACCUGGUCUCUAACCUCAUGGACUCCCACAAGGCCUUCCAAAAGGAGCUUGGCAAGAGAACCAGCAGCGUGCAAGCUCUGAAGCGUUCUGCUAGAGAGCUAAUGGACACGGGCCGUGACGACACAGCUUGGGUCAAAGUUCAGGUGCAGGAGCUCAGCAACCGCUGGGAAACUGUCUGUGCCCUGUCAGUCUCAAAACAGACCCGCCUCCAGCAGGCUCUCAAACAGGCGGAGGAGUUUCGCACAGCUGUUCAGAUGUUGCUGGAGUGGCUGUCGGAGGCAGAGCAGACCUUGCGUUUCCGCGGUGUCCUGCCAGAAGAGGUGGAGACUCUACAGGCACUGUUGCACACACACCGGGACUUCAUGCAGACGGUUGAGGAGAAGAGGGUAGAUGUCAAUAAAGCUGCUGGUAUGGGUGAGGCCAUACUGGCCGUGUGCCACCCCGACUGCAUCACCACCAUCAAACACUGGAUCACCAUCAUCAGGGCUCGCUUUGAAGAGGUGCUGACGUGGACCAAACAACACGAGCAGCGUUUGGAGACAGCUCUGAGUGAAUUACACAACAAUGCUACACUACUAGAGGAGCUGUUGUCAUGGCUACAGUGGGCGGAGACAACACUGGUCCAGCGUGACACUGAAUCACUUCCCCAGGACAUCCCACAGCUGAAGACACUAAUUACAGAGCAUCAGAUGUUUAUGGAAGAGAUGACAAGAAAACAACCUGAUGUUGACAAAGUGACGAAGACGUAUAAGAGGAAACCAGCAGAACAUCCCAGCAGCCUGUCGGAGAGGAGGGGAACCCGAAAAAACCAGCAGCAGCAACAACAGCACUCGGUACAGGUUACCGGCGGGAAUCCUCGCCUCACCCAGCUUUGUUCACGCUGGCAACAAGUGUGGCUGCUCGCCCUCGAUCGCCAACGCAAGCUCAACGAUGCCCUCGACAGACUAGAGGAGCUUAAAGAAUUUGCCAACUUUGACUUUGAUGUGUGGAGAAAGAAAUACAUGCGCUGGAUGAAUCACAAGAAGUCUCGCGUGAUGGACUUCUUCAGGCGCAUCGACAAAGACCAGGAUGGAAAGAUCACGCGCCAGGAGUUUAUUGAUGGCAUCUUGGCAUCAAAGUUCCCUACCAGCAAGUUGGAGAUGACAGCGGUCGCUGAUAUCUUUGACAGCGAUUGCGACGGCUACAUCGAUUACUACGAGUUUGUGGCAGCUUUGCACCCCAACAAAGAUGCUUACAAACCAACUACAGAUGCUGAUAAGAUCGAAGAUGAGGUCACCAGACAAGUGGCCCAAUGCAAAUGUGCCAAGAGGUUUCAAGUGGAGCAGAUCGGAGAAAACAAGUACAGGUUUGGAGACUCGCAGCAGCUGCGUCUUGUGCGAAUCUUGCGCAGCACAGUCAUGGUUCGGGUUGGAGGUGGGUGGAUGGCCCUGGAUGAGUUCCUGGUGAAGAACGACCCUUGCCGAGUGCAACAUCCUGGACUUAAAAUCCUCCGUUCUGACUCCAGCAUCUCCAUAUCAUCUCGCAUAGUGACUGUCACUCCUGGCUAUUUCUGCUGCAGAGCUCGUGGACGUACCAACUUGGAGCUGCGGGAAAAGUUCAUUCUUCCAGAAGGAGCCUCGCAGGGUCUGGCGGCCUUCCGGUCCCGCGGGCGACGGUCCAAACCUUCAUCACGCACAGCUUCUCCCACCCGCUCGUCCUCAUCGGCAUCACACAGUGCCCACAGCUGCGCAUCGCUGCCCUCCGCCCCUGCCACGCCCACAGCUUCUUCAAGGUCCUCCCAAUCCCAACCUCGUGGCUAUGCAAAGCCCUGGCUGGCACACAGUAAAACUCCAACUCCAUCCAAGUGCCAGUCCUGCCCAGAGCACGGCCAGACCCCUGGGCAUGAGGGAGGCUCCACGUCCAAACUUAAGAGACCAACUUUCCAUUCCAGCCGUGGCUCUUUGACUGGUGAGAAUGGUGGAGCCACACCAUCUACUAAACCUGGACGCUCCGACACUAAACGCACUCCAUCCUCUACGAGCGGCCCAGCCAGUCGAGCAGGGAGCCGUGCCGGAAGCCGAGCCAGCAGCCGAAGGGGCAGCGACGCUUCCGACACUUCCGAGCUCAUGGAGACCCGUUCGGCUUGCUCCGAUACCUCAGACACACCUCGCCGACCUGGGGCCAAACCCUCCAAAAUCCCUACCAUCUCCAAGAAGACCCCAAGCCCUAAAACACCAGCAGGGAAGAAAUAAAGUCUCCAUCACAAUCUAUAUGACUGACGCUGAGCUGGUUCUGAUUAACCAGCAGGAGAGAAACAAACAACUUCUCUCGUUCUCCUCUCACUCGCAUGCCCUCAUCAGCCAGCUCAGACCAGUAGGGGUAAAUGAGACGGGACUAGACUCUUACCGAAACCCAGUCCGUCAGACACAGCUGUGCGCCGGUACAGCACCCAGAUAAAACCCCACCAUAAAUGCUGCCUUAUUUGUGUUAUACAUCACGUCCUUAAUUUGACGUUUGUGCGAUCGAGAAAGUACGACAUGACGUAUCAAACAUCUACAGUGCACACUAGGGGGCGGUACAGACGGCUGUCACUUUUGCACUGGGGUGUUUUUCACCACUAUGAAUAUGCAACCACCAGUCACACUCUCUCUCUCAUACAGAUGUGCAUGAUCAUGGUUGAAACGUGUGCAGACCACUCGGCACGUUUCUGCCACUUAAACGAAAGAGGAAAUCUUAUAUAUAAACAUUUCCCUAUUUGGGAUCUGUGCACUUGGGACAUUUUGAAAGUCUGUAUGUUUGUGUGUAUGUGAGUGUAUGGUAGUUUCUUCGAACACGGUGAUCACGAGAUGAAAUGGAAAGAAAGGUCUCUGUCUGACGUCACGUGUGAUACUUAAGGGACCCCUAAAGCGCACAGCAGAUAUGUUUCACUUGCUUGCAUCGAGCGUCUUCUCCACUGUGUUACAACCCAGGUGUCCAUGCAGUCGUUGUGUGAUAUUCUGUUUCUGUUGAGCUUAUUUUGUUACAGAUAUCAUGUUACAGAGCUUUGUUUUUACAGUAUGCAAAAAUAAUUACAAUUGUGAAUGUUUGUUUCAUGGUUAAUUUAUAAUCCUGAUGUUUUUGUUUCUUUUCUAGAGUAAGAAACUGUAUUUAUUUGUGAUUUGCAGUAUCAUAUCAACUCUCUGACUAGUAUUAAUAUAACCGAAAUGACGUUUUCUACUAAGUAAACAACAUCUCCUGACAUGAAGAAUUGCUUUUGACAACGAUCAUUUCUGAUGAUAACUGACCGUGAAGCUUAAUAAUUUCAAUGGUGGCCUUUUCGCCAGCGACUACACACUUUAAAUGACGUCAAAAGUGGCUUCCUGCUUCUUUUGUGACAGAAGCGUUCAGAUUAAUGGAUCGUGGGGGCUCUAGUGAAGCCCCCAUUAAACAGCGCUUUGAAUUUUGUCUUGUCUUUGACAAGCUGAAGCAUAUGAAACCUGAAGAAAGGUAAUUUUUAUUUAUUUAUUGUGUCAUUUGAGUAGGGGGAUACGAAAGGAUCCACCUUUUGAUUGUUACUUUUUACAUGACUGAGAGAAAACUGGGUGCAAUUAUGUAAAAGUACAGAAGUUAUGAUUAUAAAUCCUUUUUUGUUCUCUUUUGUAUUAAAAUAAUGCUUGCAGUCAAA